AUGGGUCGAAAACGUUCUUCGAGAAGCACCGAUAGAGCUCACGUUAUGCCUAAUGUUUCCAAUGGAAUCUUACAAUUGCUUGGGGUGUCAAACUCUCAGCAUGAUAUCCAACGCCCUGGGUUUUCAUCAAAGAAGCAUCCAAAUUUGUUGUUGGAUGAAUUGAAAAGGCCUCAUGAAAAAAGUCCAACUAGGGAGAAACCAAACCAGGAUCAAGGAUCUCAAAAGAAGCCUAUUACUAAGAAAAAUUCCAAAUAUUGUGGUACAUAUGUGAGGCGAUCAGAACGCAUUAAAAGUGCAAUUGUUUGUUCCCCCAAAACCAACUGUGGCAUUGAAGUCAUUGAGGAUAUACCUGUUAGUGAUGUUGAGAAAGAUGAAUUAGAUACUCAAGAGGAGCAAGUAUUGGGAGGACCAGAGUUGGUGCUGGAGCUGCCACAGAAGCUGGAGUCAGAGUCAGAGCCAGAGCUUGAAGAAAUUUUGGGUGAGAAGAGCUUGGAUGAAAAGGUUGACUCUGCCUUACAUAGAAUAGAUGCCCUUGAUAAGACCGUGGAAUGGUUGAAAUCCAAGGUGGAUGAAACUUUUGGCUUUUAUGAAGCUCCAUCAAUGGCACCUACAGGUUACAAGAGCAUGUACAUUGACUCACAGAAGAAGAUUGAAGCUUUGACAGAAGAAAAUCAACGACUAAAUGGAAAGCUGGCAAAUGCUCUGGGCAAAAUAGAAGUGUAUGAGAAAGAGAUUCGUGCUUUGAUUGAUGUACUGGAUAAAACAAAGGAUUCUGUUAAGGAUGUUAUGAUUUCAAAUCUGGCAAAAUCUGUAGACGCGGCUGUUAAUGUAUCAACUCAAGCCAUCAACAAUGCGCGUUCUGCUUCUGCUCUGAAGAGAAAGAAAAAUGAAGGCUGA